AUGUGGAGGUCUGUUUAUGGGUUAUAUGUGUGUGCCGGCUUAGGAGAAGGCAUGUGUGAGGCAAUGGAAGAUGGGCGAGGCGUGCAAGAGGUUGGUGCGGUCCGGCGUGUGCCUUGUGACCUACUUAAAAGGCGUGCACUAGGGGCGCCGGGCCGGGGCAUGGUUAGGGUGUUAGCCGAGGAGUGCUUGUGGCGCCGGGGGAGGCCGGUCCGUUGUAAUGUGGGCGAGGCUAAGGCGUGUCGGUGGUCAAAUUCUAUGGCGUGGGGCCGACGGAGGGGAAGGUAUGCUAUCGCUCGUGUUGUGCGUGUGAUGGCCGACGGAGUCGGUGGUGUGGUCGUUUAG